AUGGGAGAGGAGUCUAUGCGCACGGAACAGCUAGGGCUGGGCGGCGAACGUGAGGAGCCGGGUUCUGUCUUUGGGAGGGCGGAUCUGGCACCGGAGGGCGCGGCCGAUGGGCAAGCUACAGAUUGCAAAAAGGACUAUGUGGAGCCUGCGCACGCAUCGCUGCACGGUCCAGAGCGUUUGCAUCUCUCCAAGGAGGGCGUGGAGAGCCAGGCAGAGCAGCGACUCGAUGGCCCCAUCAGACCCAGGAGGUCUACAGCAGGAGAGGCAGAAAGGGGCCUUGGUCAGAACAGGGGUGCAAACGAUGGGAGCCUCAACGAGGUGACAGAGGAGCCAGAGGCAUCUGCCUGCGAGUCAGGGGAGUCGCCACGGCUGUAUGGGGGGAAGCGCAAGUCGCCAGAGCCGGAUAGCUCUGCAGUCCCUGAGGACUCAGCAAAGGUGCGGCUGCAGCGGCGACUCAUCAAGAAUCGGCGCACUGCCGCAGCUUCGAGGGAGCGUAAGCAGCAGGAACUGCUCACGCUGACAACCAAAGUGCAAGGGCUGGAGGCGGACAACACAGGUCUCAGGCAGGCGCUGUGGCAGCGCGACGCGGAGGUCCGCGUCCUGCGCGCGCAAGUGCAUUCCAUGCUCCGGCCGCCGCAGCCGCCACUGCUGCCGCAGCCGCAGCCGCCGGGUCACGGCGGCUACACAGGCAGCACGGUGCUGCGGCCGGGCUUCCCGGCCUGGCCACCGCCGUCGGCGCCGAUGCCGUUCGGGCAGCCGCCGGCCGGGCCCGGGCAGGCCCCCCGGGACGAUGCGGGGGGACCCCGACAGGGGGAACCCUCGGGCGGCCCAUGGCUACCCGAAGGGCAGCCGCUGGCUCCCGGGCCGCUUGCCGGCUCCGGCGGCUUCGCCGCACCGUGGCCGUCCUUGCUGCCGGACGGUUGGCCGCGCAACGAAAGCCUCGGGAGCUCCAUGUUGCCGGGUGCCGCCGCGACUGAAGGCCCGCUAGCACUGGGCCUGCAGAGUCUGUCGGCCUCUGGGCUGUCUUCCCAGGGCCAGUUUGGCGUCAUCCGCGGCCUGGACGGGCAGUACCUGCGCCUGGCUUCCUUCUCGUCGCAGUCCGGCCCCCGGCUGCCCCCCAUCGCGAAUCUACCCUGGGCGGACAAUCAGCAGCUUCAGGCGCGGUCCUCCUCCUGCUCCGCGCUGCCGGGGGGCCCGGCGGUGGCGCCGGCGGGGGGAGCACCGGAGGGGCAGCCGCUGCUGAGGUGGCGCUCGGGCUCGUACCCGCCAGAUCAGCAGCUGCACCUGCCGGCACAUGCCCACGUGCGGCAGCUGGUCAGCCUGGGAUCCUCUGCACCCCGCAACCUGCCUCCACUGCCGCAUGAUGUGCAUGGUUUAGACCCGCUUGAUUUUGAAGGGCUGCCGCUUUGGGCGGAUCUGGAAUGA